CCACUCUGCCUCGCAAUCCCACACACACACUCUCUCUCUCUCUCUCUCUCUCUCUCUCUCUCUUUGUGCCAAUUCUCUCUCUCUCUUCUCUCUUCUCUCUCUACAACAAUGGCCAGAUUCAGCGGCGUCGUUUUGGUGCUAAUGGCUUCUCUCUUGUUGGCCUCAACAAGGGCACAAUCCCCUACAUCGUCACCAGCCAAGUCCCCUGUGUUCUCUCCCAAAAAAGCCGCUGCCCCUUCUCCAUCGAGCACUCCACCCAAGGCUUCGCCUUCUCCAUUGAGCACUCCACCGUCGGCUGCUCCUUCUCAGUCUCCCGCCGCAGGCUCUCCACCUUCUCCCCCAUCCGCUUCCCCUGAAUCUCCAGCGAUCCCUCCAUCUUCAGUCUCUGGACCGCCCUCUGAGGCUCCCGCACCCGCCACCAACGGCGCCGUUUUGAAUAGAUUCUCCGCCGCCGGAUCUGUGGCUGCUGUGGUUUUCGCUGCUGUCUUGGUUAUGUAGAGUGGGUUUUUUAAUUACGAGUAUUUUUAGUGAGAGUUUAUGGAUUUUUAUUUAUUCAUUAAUUAUUGUACCGAUUCAAUUUAUUUGUUUU